AUGGUAAGGCAUUCCAGGUCUAGAAGUCGUUCACGUUCUCCACAAAAGAAACGAAAACAUUCUCACAGACGAGUGAAGUUGAUCGGGAUGAGUCCCACGAUCAAAAAAGUACUAAGUCAUCAGGAAAGUGCUAACCGAGAUUCUGAUGUACAAAUGCAAGCUGAUUCAAAGUUAGCUGAUUCGACAACCUCUGCAACAGUUGCGGCUUUACUCGAUAGCCAGGAAGAAAAAAUUCGUCAAAGAAGAGAACGUGUAGAACAGUGGAGAAAGGAAAGGGAGGCUGCUAAAAAAGCUGAGGAAGAAGCAAAGUUACAAGCAGUUUCGGCUGCAAAUCAAUCUUCUACCGCCGAAGAUCAAUCUCUACAAAAUUCAAAUAAAGGCUGGACUUUAGAUGACGACGAUGAAGAUGAAUCUAUGGAGGUAGAUGAAACUGUCAACAUACUACCUAUUCCAAAAUCCACUGAUAAAAUAGAGCCUCAAGUAUAUCAAGUUAGACGAAAUCCAUUACUUGGACUUGGUAAUAAAAAACAUAUAAUGAAUAAUAAGGGUAAAUCAAAAGAAGUAGUUGCCGAUGAAGAAGAUAAAUCUAUAUCUUAUAAAGGCUCAUAUAUUAAAGAUUCAGAUCAGAUGCAAGUUGACGACGGAGACGAAGAUCCUCUUGACGCUUUUAUGAAAGAUGUGGAGGUUGAGGUAGAACAAUUAAAUGAACAAGACAAAAAGCGUGCAAAACAAGCAGCAAAAGGGAAAAACAAAAUUGAAAGAUCUGAUAAAAUUAUGCAAGAUGAAGAGGACGUGGAUGAAGAAGAAGUUGGCAGUGAUCCUGAAGAUAUUUUAGCUAGUUUAGCAGCUAAGAAGCUUAAAAAAAAAGAUUUGGCGGCGGUUGAUCAUUCACAAGUUAAAUAUGAGCCUUUCAGAAAGGAUUUUUAUAUUGAGCCUCCAGAAAUGCACGAAUUGACGCAUGACCAGGUAGACCUUCUUAGAGUGGAAUUGGGAGGAAUUAAAAUUAGAGGUAUUGAUUGUCCAAAACCUAUACAAAAAUGGACACACGCAGGUUUACCGGCUGCAUGUCUGCACAUAAUUAAAAAAUUAAAUUUCGAAAAACCCACACCCAUUCAAUCACAAGCAAUACCUGCUAUCAUGGCUGGUCGUGAUGUUAUCGGUGUUGCAAAGACUGGAAGUGGUAAAACUAUAGCAUUUCUUCUUCCAAUGUUUCGUCAUAUUAAAGAUCAGCGCUCUCUUGAUCAAAUGGAAGGACCUAUUGCUAUUAUUAUGACACCUACAAGAGAGCUUGCAGCUGUUUGUGCUUAUGGCGGAUCACCUAUUAAAGAUCAAAUUGCUGAAUUAAAACGUGGUGCUGAAAUAAUAGUUUGUACUCCCGGACGUAUGAUCGACUUAUUAUGUGCGAAUUCCGGUCGCGUUACUAAUUUAAAAAGAGUUACUUACCUUGUAUUGGAUGAAGCUGAUCGUAUGUUUGAUAUGGGAUUUGAACCUCAGGCAUGCAUAAUUUUAAAAUCAUAA